CCACAAUUACAGUGUUUUUUUUAACGUUCUUAAUAAUUUAGUCUGUGUCGCAUCUUUCUGUUGGAUAAAGGUAUUAAAACAAAUGCAUUAAUCGAAAAAAAGUAAAAUCAUACGAUUCCUUUUAUCUUACAAUUUUAAACUUUUCCCUCUAGUGAGCAGAGUCGCAGGGUCGAGGCCAAAAGGCUUUAUCUACACCUGAAAUUCAGGAGUAUUUGAAACGAAACUUUCUGUCUGACAGUAUCUAAGAGAUAAAAUCUUUCCAUUGUAAUGAGGAUAAUGUCUUGUUUAGAGACAAAGUUCAUGCUUUUAUGUGCAGUAACUAAAAGAAAUCUAAGUUUUCGUCAUUAAAGGUUUUUAAUUAACUUGUGUGAAAAAAUAAGGAUAGAUAGAUUGCAAUGUAUUGAAAGUUGAAGUUUAUACUAGUUCGACUUGCAAAGUGAUAUUAAAGAAAACAUAAUGGAUUCAGAUGCGGAAGAUUACCAAAACGUUGCGCCGGUUUCACCAAGGAUUGAUGCGCUGCAAAGAAACAGCAAUAAACCACCAACAUUCCAAAAACCCAAUGCGAGUAAUCAAAGUGCACCCAACGUACCACAAAAAGGAUUGCCGUACUCAGUACCAGACAAGUCGGGAGUAACUUUCCAACCAAAUACAAGAAAGAAACCAAACUUUCUUCCCGUAAAACCAUUUCAAUUCUUUGACGUCAAAGCACUUGAUCCUGCAAGCAAACAGAAAACAGGACUCCGUUCUGAAACAUCACAAACAGAGAGGACAAAACAUGGACGGAAACUUUCGCCAGUAAAGCCAAAACCAAACACUUAUAAUUCACCAUUGUCCAAUGUCUUGUCAUCUGAACAUUUAAAAAAACCGUCUUCGCCGCGCCCUUCCUCUCCACAUACAGUAGUAGUUCGUCCAAACAUCGUAAGCAAAUCUGACCGUUUAAAUUCUCAAGUAGAAAGAGAAGACAAAACAGAAAUAAGUGUGUUGUUGGCUAAAACAAUGUUUGAGAGAAAAGAGCAAGCUAGUACGCAACAUAGCAGAACUCCUUUAAAACCUGUUGGAAAACUUAAUAUAAAUCCUUUUGAGAAGAAUUCCAUCAAUCAAAGUAAUAGCAGAAGAAUGCUGCAUAACUGUGGGGCAAUCGACGAACGUGUUACACUGCCGCAAAAAGACAACCCAACAAAAAAUGAUGGAGACUAUGAAAAUGAUGAUCUUGAAAACAGUGAUGAUAUUUAUGAUAAACCAGAUAUGGAGCAACCACUAAGCCCUUCAGUAUUUCUCGAGAGACUUGGAACCCUAAAACAAAAGGCAAACAAUAAAACCAAUCACGCUGAUAGCUUAACUAUGCAUAACUCAUCUGAGGAUGAUUUGUCAUUGUACAAUAAUUUUGACGACGAAAAUUCCUCGUUAUCAGAUCUUCCUCCACCACCAGAUCAUUUGUUCGAUGAGAGCCCUAGUAACGACUACAAUGUUAUGAUUGAUGAAGAAGAAGAAGAGAAAGAAGAAGAAGAAGAAGAAAUGUCUGAUUAUGCUGCCUUGGAGAACACAGAAAAAUCUCAGUUUUAUCAAGACAUAAAAAAACCCGAUAAUGAUCCUUGGAAAUCAGUGAAUGCAAUAGGAAAGUUUUGGGAGCAAAAACAGCAUCAUGAAAAGCAGCAUUUGGAAGACCAACGUCGAAAUCAACUUGAGGAGCAACAAAAUCAGCAACUAAAAUUGGAAAAAAAACGACAACAAGAAGAACAGCAAAGACGGCAACAACAGGAGCUUCAGAGACGACAACAAGAAAAACAGCAAAGACGGCAACAAGAAGAGCUUCAGAGACGACAACAAGAAGAACAGCAAAGACGGCAACAAGAGAAGCUUCAGAGACGACAACAAGAAGAACAGCAAAGACGGCAACAAGAGAACUUUCAGAUACGACAACAACAAGAACACCAAAGACGCCAAGAAGAAGAGAUUCAAAGACGACAAGAAGAGGAACAACAAAUAUGGCAACAAGAGGAGCUUCAAAGACAGCAACAAGAGGAACAUCAAAGACGGCAACAAGAGGAACAACAAAUAUGGCAACAAGAGGAGCUUCAAAGACAGCAACAAGAGGAACAUCAAAGACGGCAACGCAAAAUUCUUGAAUUGCAAAGACAAAUGGAAGAAUUACAGCGAGAAGAAUCAUUGCAACGGAUGGAUGGCUCAGACUAUUUCUCCUCGCAAUCCACCGAUGAUCCUUCGCAGCACAAUGCUUCUAACCAACACACUAGCAAGAAUAGAACUACUUUAUCAUUAAUGUCCAGUAAACCAGCCCUGUUACCACCAAGAGGUAGUAACAACCAAAAUCAGUUACUACGAGAAAAUAACAAUAAAUACGCUCCAAUCCCGCAAAGAAAUAUGAAAAAAAAAUAUUCAAAAUUACCUUCUCAAAAUUCUGCUCUGCCGGCAAGACAAAAAUCUCCUGAUUCCAUGAACGCUACGAAAAUAAAGUUUAGCUCAGAUUGUUCUAAAUAUCCUCAUCAAAAUUUUGACGACACAAAAGACUCCCUGGAACAGUUAUUUUCAAAAGAAGUUCAACAUCCUGUCAAUAAGAACCGCCACUCAUUUCAAGCCACUGACAAUGAAAACGCUUAUGAAACAUCGACUAAACAGAACAUUCAUGCAACGAUAGGAUGGCAACAGCAACAGCAGGAAGAAGAUGAUAAAACUUAUGAAGUAGCACCUCGUCUUCCCCAACCAUCUACGACUCUUCAAAAUGAAGACCGUUUUGCAUUAACUCAGUCUUCCAUUCAACACAGUUCCAGUGUUCCACCCAGAAGAAGUCAUGUUCCCUUACCACCUUUGCCAGAUGAACCUAAACCACGGGCAAGCUCGUUGCCACCAGAAUCUUCUUCUAAUUCCUUGUCAUCCAUUGUACCUACGAAAAUUAAAAGGCUUCUUAGCGAAACCAUAGGUUCGCAUUUUCCUAGAAGCUCAGGGAAGAACUCCAUAAUUUCAGAAGAAGAAUCUAGCCCGUACAGCUUUAUAGAUGAACGAUCUAAGAAUAAGAAAAACUAUGAUCAAAUAUCAAGUAAUGCAGAACAACCUUUGAACUCACGCCUUAACAAUUUUCCAUGGUACAAAGGAAGUAUCAGUAGACAAGAAGCUGAACAAUAUUUACGUCAGAAAGGCAAGGAAGGAAGUUUUAUUGUAAAAAAAUCUUCAAAGGAUGAUGGUUAUGCUCUGUAUACAUACACCGGUGGCGAAAUAAAACAUUUAAGGAUAAAUCAUAGUGGGGAAGAAUACUACAUCGGAACAUACAGCACACAGAGGUUUUCGUGUAUUGAGAAGUUGAUAAAACACUAUCAAUCUGCUCAAUUCCAUUUAAGCAGUGGUGCAACGGUUUUACUAGCUUCAUAAUCACAUGUAUUAUAUUACGAAUGAACGAGGGUGAUACUUUGAACGCCGACGCAAUUAAAAAUAUUUGUAGCAGAUCAAGAUGGAAAACUUGAUGGUGUUGAUAGAGUCAAUACUUACAUAUGCAUAUUUUUUUAUGUAAAAGUUUUAUAGGUAUAAUAAGUACUUUAUAAUGAUGAAACGUAUUCUAAGAUUUUUUUGUGCUGUUUUUCUUGUCCUACUCGCAAACGAAAUCGUCUAACACAACAGAGCAGCAUACAAAAUUAUUUCCACUUCCCUUUUAAUUCGUUCAGUCGGAGAUGUUUUACAAAUCAAGUGCUUCUCAAUAAUAAAUAGAAAAUUCUUACCGAAAUGAAUUGCACAGUACUUGAAUGAACGUUGUUUAUAUAAAUAUAAGAACGUGAACAAGUAAAAGCCGGCGUUUCUUUUUAAAAUAGAGAUCUCAAAGAUAAACUUUUAGAUUUUUUUACGGAAGUCUAUUGUUGCUAAACGAUUAUGAGUAUUCUGAAACUUACAAUAAACAUCGCAUCUGGAACAAUAGCUCCCUGUGCGUCAGUGAGCAACCUAUGCUUUUUUGAAGAAGCCUCCGUAGCUUAAUGGUUUAAUGGUUCCCUGACAUAUGUUUUAAUAUUGAAUUGUACCAUUGCUAUUACUUUUGUACUAUGUGCGCCCCUCUCUCCAUUUCCAGGUUAAAAAAACCUAAAAAGUCUACACUUUUGAAAGUAAAAUUGCUAUUAUAAAAAUGGUCAUUGCAGUAAGAAGGUGUUCUUAUGAGAUGUCCAUUGUAAGAAAAUAACCACUAAACGAAGUUCACAAUUGCGUGUGUCACCUGAACACCGUAAUUAUGACACGAAAAUAAUACUUCCUGUUGUUAAUAUUGUUUACACAGAAGCAGGUUUUAAAAUCAAAAACUUCGAUAUUCUAGUUUAAAUAAUGUUAGAAAGGGAACCAGAUUGUGCGUUAUUUAUUUUUGAUUUUUUAAAACACUUUGAUGAAUGUGAAAGAAAAAGCAAGAGGAGAGUUUUUGAGAAGAAUACAUGUAAUCCACCCCCUUUCCCAGGGAUUUUUGCUCUUUUGAUGCAAGAGAAGACGACAAAAAGUACCUUGGUAUUGUUUGCCAAUAUAUGUCCAGAUUAUGCAGACACGUCACAAGUGAGACGUUAGUUUAUGCGACUAACAAUGGCGGAAUUUUAGCGGCCACAAAGAGGCAGGCAAUUAUUGAACAAAUAUUAUAAAAUGGAGACGUGGUUAUAAAAAAAACAUAUUCAUCAAAAAAGAACGUAGAAUGACUUAGAAUUUGUAACUUAUCGUAGAAUUUAUUUUAUCGUACGCAAUAUAUAAAACACAAAAAUAUAUGGCAAUGGUAAUGUUAUUUAGCAUCUGCUA